AUGGCCGAAGCUCCUUCUCAAGUGCGACAGAACUAUGACUGGCACUGCGAGGAUGCCAUCAACACCCAUGUCCAGCUGCACCUCUAUGCCUCCAACGUGUACAUGUCGAUGGCCCUUUACUUCGACCGUGAUGACGUGGCCCAGGAGAACUUCAAGCGGUUCUUCUUGAGCAAGUCACACAGCUGCCAGAGCAGUGCCGAGAUGUUCAUGAACCUGCAGAACAAGCGUGGAGGCUGUGUCAACCUUCGUGACCUCGCAAGACCAGAGCGUGAGAGCUGGUAUGGGGGCUUCCAGGCCUUGGAAUGCGCCUUCCACAUGGAGAUGAUGAUCAACCAGAGCCUGCUGAACAUGCACGAAGUGGCCAAGGAAAAAGGCGACGACCACCUCUGCCAAUUCCUCGAGCAAAACUGCCUGGAUCAGCAGGUCGAAGUUCUGAAGGAGAUGAGCGGCUACCUGACCACCCUGCGCCAGAUGGGGGAUGGAGAGCAUAACAUGGUCGAGUACCUCUUUGAAAAGCUCAGCCUGUCAUAA